UCUGCGAUUUUUUUACGAGUCAUCAGCUUUACAUAAUAGUUCCAGUCGUUCAAGUAAAACCUUGUAUUUUUAUUCAUCAAAGAGUAUUAACAAGCCAAAGAAAUAAAUAUUUGGGGACCACCAAUACCGGUACCUGUUAGGUCUCUUUCAAUUCGAAGACUUUCACUCGUGUUUCGCGUUGCCCGCAAGUCUAAUCAGACACAUAUUGUGCGAUUGUGGUUUCUUUUACAGCCAAUUAAUACGUGCAUUGUUCUUCUUGUGAUUGAAGAUGAAAUCGAUAAUAAUGAUAAGCUGCUUGCUGCCUCUAGUUCUGAGUAAUCCCCUGACGAAUGCCUAUCAUCAAAUCGAAUUAAGUGAAAUAUCAACCCUUCCACCACCCCCUAGGCCUUACGCAUUUGGGUAUGCAGCAGGAAGGUAUCCAGGGCAUAUAGACAGAACUCAUUCAGAGGUAUCUGAUGGAUCAGGAGUAGUACAAGGUUCCUAUUCCUACGUGGAUCCAAGACAACAGAUUCGUACUGUUGAGUACAUCGCAGACAAGAAUGGCUUCCGACAAAUUUCCAAUCAAAAUGUUCCCGACCUUCCCACGGACACCCCCGUAGUUGCAGCUGCUAAACUAAAACACCUUCAAAAAUUUUCAGCAAUUGCUCAGUCGAAUCAAGUGGCUCCAAGUCAGGUUGUUUUACCGGUUGAUACCAAAGCAGUACAAUUUGCCAAAAACAAACAUUUUUCACUGUACCAACAAAUAGCUGACGAACACGCAAGGAUGGCUGCUGAAUUAGAAGCGUUGAAAAGGGCUGAAGAAGCAAGUACUCGGGAAAGUGUGUUGGGAUACGGCGCUCAUAUCAAUUAAAUAACUUAAGAAAACAGAUGUAAAUAAGAAAGUUGAGCCAUAAGGUAUGAAUAUGAAUUCAUGCAUGUUUAAAUAAGUUUAGGGAUUUUGAGGGAAAACUUUUAUUUAGAAGGUGAAACAAAGAUUGAGUAGCCGAUAUAAUACGAGUGUCAUGAACAACAAUAAAUAAUUUUACUAAACUAUAAAAUAAAAGGUAUUUGACUAUGGAGUAAGGAUUCUAAUGAUGAAAUAAGUUAAAAGAGAAAUCGAUUAAGGUAUGUUCUUUCCAGAUUAUAAUUAAUCAAGUUUAAAAAAAAUGGCUCUAACAAUUGAACUCCUCCUAUUUCAUUACUUUCUUGGUGAGAAAAAUUAUAUGAAAAAACUUCUGAGGCUUUGAAAUAUCAGUUCACAUGAGUUUGGUGAUUUUCUUGCAACUUUCCAUAAGGAAUAGUUAGGAGUUUCUUGGUUUGAUUGACUUAUGGUUUGUAUUCAUUGAUGAAAUAAAAUCUUAGAUUCAUAACGGA